AUGGCCUUUUAUAAUGAAUUAAAAAGAGCCUUAAAACCAGAAGGAUAUUUAAUGUUGGUGGAAAGGGAAGUAUCCAUUCGAUCGAUCGGUCCAGCCAUAACAAGAUGUUUGAUGUUGAUAGAAAAACCUAUUUUAUACGGUGCAGGUAAUCCUUAA